AAUGUGACGCGCUUCGAUAAUAAUAACGUACAGAAUGCAAACGGCGCGUUUUUAUUGCCAUCUCCUUUGGGGUGUUUGGUGUUUCUUACAAGUUACUGCCAUGGAUUAUGUUAAACUGUCACACGAUGGACCAGUUGUACUAGGUGGGACGAUUACCUUUAGAGCGGAUUUGUACAGAGACGGCCAGCGACCAACAGGAAAAUUCAAAUACGCAUGGAGCGAUAAUUCGCGAAUGAAAUAUCAAUAUGAGAUAGUAACACCAAAUACAACAACAUUUUGGAGCAUAAGUUAUCCACGUGAAGGCAAUGCUCCUGGAGACUACAGGGUGGAGUUGAAAGUCGAUUAUCGCAGUCUCUCAAUAAUUUGGGUGCCUGAUACAAGUGCUCGUAUCGAAUUUCAGAUUUCUGAAUGUCUUAAUGGUAAUAUAACCAUAAAACAGGCUAAUAAAACCAUAGCAGAAGAAUAUAUCUCCUCUGCAAAUGAGACAAAACUAACGGUGGACUUGCGAAAGGGAGAUUACGACUUUAUAAUAGAGAAUGCCACAGCGAUAUCGACGUAUUGGUUUAUUGACUGCAGAUAUUACGGUCAGACAAAUGAUUUCGCUUUCGUUUAUAAUUUUACAAGUCCUGGCGAAACGCGUGAUAUAGCAGCUUUAGUGGUUGCUUCAUAUGAUACAUCAACGACCACAACUGUGACACCUAUAACUACAGCUGCACCUGUUAACGUGACAACAGUCGCGCCAAAUGUUACUACUACUACUACUACUACUAUGGCAAAUUCGAAUGGGACUCGUGUCUCAGUCGUAACAUUACCAGUAACUGUUACGAGUGCAAACCCAUCGAUAAAAUCUACGACAGCUGCACUUCCAAUUAAUACAAGCACGAUAGAUAUUGCCAACUUAUCAUUGCCAUAUAUUUGCUCAAACACAUCUCUCAUUCCUCCGGAUCCGAACAAAACGUAUGGAUACUUUUACAAAAAGAUCCAUGUUCGUGCUCCUGUGUCAAAUAUCUCUGUGGAAGGUACAAAUUGGAUUCAACCAUGGGACAUGCUGUCUUUGAAUGUGACCUGCAAGGGAUCGGGCCCGUUUUCUAAGUGUCUUCAGUUUCACCGUGGAAAGUACAAUGUAACGGGAAAUGAGACGUGUGAUAAUGUAGAACACAUGCACUUGUGCAAUUUUUCCAUUAUUCAUUAUUUUCUCGAGCCCAGUGUCUACACAAUAUUAAUGAUACUAAGCAACGAAGUUAGUACACAGAUUUAUCCACUGACGAUCAAUAUUUAUAAGGUUACAACAAAACCGCAGUUGUCGGUUAUUAUAGUGCCAGUCUCUUGCUCGGUUGUUGCCGUGGUACUGAUAGUGUUUGGUGUGGCGUAUUACAUCCAGAGCAGAGCGAGAUUCACGAUAGAAGUCGCGGACUUUGAUUUUGGGCAAAGUAAUCCAGAGAUGGAAUAUAAAACGUUUACGGAACGUUUACGCGACUCGUUUAAUAACACUCGCGCGGCGGCGGUCACGAUGUCAGUCAGCUAUGCUAGGAUGAGGUCGUGCCACGAGGCGUCGUCGCCAACCUUGCCGACGUCGCCGACGUCGCCGACGUCGCCGUCAUUGCCGCCGAGUAAGAACAACGCUAACGCGUCGCCCAGGCGUGCUGGCGACGAGGAGGAUUGGCAGAUGCAGCUGGCAUUCUGCAAGCCUCGUCACAAUGCCACGAUCGAAUACGUCAAUUGUAUCAGUCAGACUUGGCGAAUGAAGGAGCGGAUGAAAACAGUGAGUGUCGCUCUGGUGUUGUGCCUGAACGUUGGCGUUGACCCCCCGGAUAUCGUCAAGACGCAACCAUGCGCUCGCCUCGAAUGCUGGAUAGAUCCUUUAUCGGUGAGUCCUCAAAAAGCUCUCGAGACUAUAGGUUCAAAUUUGCAAAAACAAUAUGAACGAUGGCAGCCAAGAGCUCGCUAUAAACAAAGUUUAGAUCCAACCGUCGAGGAAGUUAAAAAAUUAUGUACAUCCUUGAGGCGAAAUGCCAAAGAAGAAAGAGUUCUGUUUCACUAUAAUGGUCAUGGAGUGCCCAAACCUACUACUAAUGGUGAAAUAUGGGUAUUUAAUAGGACAUAUACACAAUACAUUCCAUUGUCAGUGUACGACUUGCAGACUUGGAUGGGUGCACCUAGUAUUUAUGUAUACGAUUGUUCCAAUGCUGGGAUUAUAGUAGAAUCUUUCCAGCAAUUUGCAGACCAACACGAAAAGGAGUAUGAGAUGGAAAAGCAGCAAAAUCGCACAACCGGGGUGGUAUGUCCUGCAGCACCAUGUUAUAAGAAUUGUAUCCAACUAGCGGCAUGUGCGGCUAAUCAGAUUUUACCUAUGAACCCGAAUCUACCUGCAGAUAUAUUUACGUCAUGCCUCACUACGCCCAUAAAAAUUGCAAUACGCUGGUUUGCUAUGCAGCCUACAUCCAAAUUGGUUCCCAACAUAUCGCUUGAUCUCAUUGACAAAAUUCCCGGACAGUUGACCGAUAGAAGGACAAUGCUAGGCGAGCUUAAUUGGAUAUUUACCGCCAUUACCGACACGAUAGCGUGGAAUACUUUACCAAGAGAUUUGUUUCAAAGAUUAUUUAGACAAGAUCUGUUGGUUGCCAGUCUCUUCAGAAAUUUCUUACUAGCGGAGAGGAUACUUCGUUCUUACGAUUGCACGCCAGUUUCUUCCCCGAAAUUGCCGCCGACUUAUCAGCAUCGUAUGUGGCAAGCUUGGGACAUGGCGCUUGACCUAUGCUUGGCACAAUUGCCAACGGUUCUGGAAAAUGAAGACCGAUACGUGCAUUCGUCAUUUUUCGAAGAUCAACUUACAGCUUUCCAAGUAUGGCUUAAUUUGGGAUCAAAAAAUCGCAGUCCACCUGAGCAGCUUCCAAUUGUCCUCCAAGUGCUAUUGAGUCAAGUUCAUAGACUAAGAGCGUUAGAGCUAUUAGGACGUUUUCUUGACCUCGGUCCGUGGGCUGUGAACCUAGCACUCAGCGUCGGCAUCUUUCCAUAUGUUUUAAAAUUAUUACAAAGCAAUGCCAGAGAACUGCGGCCCCUGCUCGUUUUUAUAUGGGCAAAGAUUUUAGCGGUGGAUAAUACUUGCCAAGCAGACCUUGUGCGCGAUGGCGGUCAUAAAUAUUUCUUGUCAGUGCUGCAGGAUACUUCUAUCCCGAGUGAGCAUAGGACAUUAGCCGCGUUUGUAUUGGCAAGUAUCGUAAACGAUUACCGACCAGGUCAAGUAGCCGCAAAUCAGGGCAGUCUGGUUUCAAUAUGCUUGGAACAAUUAGGAGAUACAAAUUCUUUGCUACGACAAUGGCUUUGCUUGUGUCUAGCACGACUUUGGCAUAAUUUCGAUAAGGCGAGAUGGUGCGGCGUGAGGGACAUUGCUCAUGAAAAAUUAUUCACCUUAUUAAAGGAUCCUGUUCCAGAGGUCCGAGCAGCUAGCGUAUAUGCAUUGGGCACAUUUGUAAACAGUGUUACAACCAGAAGCGAGCAUGCAAAUAAUAUCGAUCAAAUUAUCGCAAUGACACUUAUUAAUACAGUUUCUCACGAUAUGUGUCCAUUAGUUAGGAAAGAAUUAGUUGUGGCUCUCCAGUGGAUGGUGUUACAUUUCGAAAAUUCCUUCGUUACUCUUGCCAUGGCCGAGGAGAACAGUCGAAAGGAUCUCGUCGUAGAAACUUUAUCCCCAUUCAGCGGUAUGAGACGUAUUAGCUCGCGCGACAGAUUGAAAAUGUUAUCCCCUAACAAUACAUACACCAUAGAUAUGACCGAUGGGUUUGGACCGCAGGAUCGAAUCAAAAGGGUAUCGUCUUCGUCGUCCAUUAGCAGUUUAGGUAAUAAUUGGGAGUUCGUGAGGAAACCUUGCGAGUCACUUGGUCAUAGUUCUCUUGGAAACUUACCGAGUCUCUCCUAUGGCAGUGUAUAUAUGAAAUUAUGGCAUGGAUUGUGUAAUCUCGACAAUGAUCCUCAUCCGGUGGUCGCUGCUAUGUCUCAAAAAGUUACCAAUCAUAUUCGUAAUAAGGUGAAAGCAUCUUCCACCCCUAAAGAGGUAAUUGAAACGAAAAUCUCUUCGUCACUGUCUCUUCCGCCGUCUCCGUCAAAUCGGACUGGUUAUUUAAGCAAAGGAGAAUCACCACCAACGACUGUCAACUCUGGAACGGAUUUGUUGCGUUCUUCUUCCAGAGUUUUAUCGCACGGUAGUCGUUCGAGAAAACCUGUUCCUAAUACAAUAUCUGAAGAAGCGGACGAAGUACCUGGAGCUAAACCUCCAUUAACAACUUCUCAAUUUGUCGAAUGGAGUUGCGCGCAGUUUGCUCAGCCCGUUAGUUUGGAGGACGAAAUGGACGAUGUAGAGAGCAGACCAUAUCUCGAGCGAGAAUGGCGAUUUAUACGUAACGCGAGACAAAGACAAGACGCAAGGGAGGAACAAUUGCGCGCGCCGCAAAAUAAAAUGGAAUCGCAAGUGUAUCACGCGAGAUGUUCUCAGUCACCUCAAGUUCUGAUUUUUCAUCCGUUUGAACCACAUUUGGCCGUGGCGUUGAAAGAUUGUUUCGGCAUAUGGGAUUACCAAAGUGGCGCAAAGUUGACUUAUUGUACGAGUCAGGGAAACAAAGCGAAAUCACGCGUCACAGCGCUCGAAUUUAUCAACUCUCACGACUUAACUCUGCUGAUGGCAGGCUCCGACGAUGGAUCCGUACAAAUCUGGAAGAAUUACAGCGGUACGAUAAGCCGCGAUCCAAUUUUACUGACAGCUUGGCAGGCGUUGGCGGACGUUCAACCCGCAACCAAGACUUCUAGUGUGACAGCACGGCUCGUCACAAAAUGGGAGCAGAAAUCGCUCACUUUAGCGGUAACGGGCGACGUCCGCAUUGUAAGACUUUGGGAUGCGGAAACUGAAUUAAAGAAGCAAGAUAUUCCAACGGGCGCCGAUUGUUGUACCACAUGCAUCGACGUUGAUGGAACAGGGGCAAUAAUGGCACUGGGCUGCGGCGACGGGUCGGUUCGACUCUUGGAUCGGAGAUUGCCUCCGGUAGAAGCAAGAGUUAUGACUUGGAGGGAACACACCGCUUGGGUGUUGGGUACAUUUUUAAGGCAAUCCGAGGGAUCCGCACCACAACUGUUUACCGGAUCUUCUACAGGCGACAUAAGAAUCUUUGAUCUUCGAAAAAAUUCCUCCGUGAGCACGAUUCAAAUAGCACCGGGCAUCGCGGCAUUGACUGUGCACGAAAUAGCUGAUAUUUUCGCUUGUGGCACUACAAAUCAUUGCAUCAGCGUCUAUAAUACAUUGGGACAACAUCUGAAUACAAUAAAAUUUCACGAAGGAUUUAUGGGUACGCGUCUCAGUCCGGUAAGCUGUCUGAAUUUUCAUCCGUACCGCGUAUCUUUGGCGGCCGGCUUCGUGGACAGUACCUUCACGGUAUACGAGCCACGCAGAUGACUAUUAGAGCUGGAACUUAUGUAAGAUCCUUGUAAAAUUUUAUAAAUUCAUAAAAGCGCA